AUGCCACCACCAGGGAACAAACGGUUAACAAGAGAGCUAGAAAAGCUUAUGAAAAAUCCUACAGAAGGAAUAGCAUGCUAUCAGAAGGAUGAUAAAAUAAAUCAUUUGAUUGUAACUAUUUUGGGUCCAAAUGGGAGUCCCUAUGAAAAUGGAGUUUUUAAACUAGAAGUUGAAGUUGAUGAUACUUAUCCAUAUGAGCCACCGAGGAUGAAGUUUGUUACACCUGUUUACCAUCCAAAUGUUGAUACAGGUGGUAGAAUUUGUAUGGACUUAUUAAAAAUGCCGCCUAAUGGCACAGAGCGAAAGGCAUUGGCACUCUAA